UUUCAGAGCCCCGUGUCUCGCUUUCUCAAAGGGAAAGAGAGAUGUACUUCUUUCUCGGCCUUUGGAUAUUUUCACAGAGAACCGGGAGCGUCCUGACUGUCUCUGCUGCAUCGUACGCACAGGAGAUGAUGCUAAAGCCUACCAGUCCUGUACUGCCUAUGAACAAGUGAACACCGUGAUAUAGAUGGCCCUGCACCAGAGCACCAUGUCCCUUGCCAUCCACAUACUGGCUUGUGUAUUCGGCACAGGUUCAUGGGUUGCCAUCAAUGGCCUUUGGGUGGAGCUUCCGCUUAUAGUGAAUGUUUUGCCCGAAGGAUGGGACUUGCCCUCUUAUCUCACUGUCAUCAUUCAACUAGCCAACGUGGGACCCUUGUUUGUCACUCUCAUGCACAAGUUUGCGCCAGGGAAGAUGAAAGAGAUUGUUGCCAUCUACAUUAUUGUUAGCAUUGGAAUCUUGGCCAGCUUGCUGAUGGUGUUCUUCUGGAAGGAAACUACAUCACUGGCACACACACCUCGCAGUACAGCGUUUCUGACACUCGCCUUCUUCUUGUCACUAGUGGACUGCACAUCUUCAGUGACAUUCCUUCCCUUCAUGAUGAGACUCCCGACAAAGUACAUGACCACCUACUUCAUUGGAGAAGGUCUGAGUGGCUUCAUUCCUGGCCUUGUGGCACUGGGCCAAGGUUCUGGAAUGACCAAGUGUGUGAACAUUUCAAAGCCAGUCAAUGUGACCACUGGUAACUUCACAGAAGAGGUGCACGGUCACCAGAUUGAAACUCAGUACUUGCCUGCCAACUUCUCCACAGAGACAUUCUUAGCUUUCCUCACGGUUAUGAUGAUUUUCUGCCUGCUGGCCUUUGUUUUCCUCACACGGGUUCCUCACAAAAUGUUUCACAAAGACCAAGUGUCCAACGAUGUGUCACACGUCUCAGCCACUGAACUGGAACUGAAUAAAUACAUCUCUGAGCGGCCAGCAGAUACACAGAGCUUCAGUCUUCAUGAUCUGGGGAAGGCAAUAGAUAAAGCUAAGCUUGCAGCCAAAACACAAAGUGUGGCACUCAGUACAUUCACUAAGUAUUCCAAGCACCAGCUUCUCUUCAUUUAUCUUCUCGUUGUCUGGGUGAAUUCAUUGACCAAUGGUUUCCUACCAUCAGUGCAGACAUAUUCAUGCUUACCCUAUGGAAACAUUGCUUACCACCUGUCUGCUGCUCUGGGUUCCAUGGCCAAUCCUGGUGCCUGUGUUAUUGCUCUGUUUGUACCCAACAGGUAG